AUGAGAGGAAUUACGUAUGUACACGUGGAAUGGCAUUCCAUUGGAUUAUCUGUGGAGGGCAACCGUAAAGCAAAUCGUUUCAAGCUGUCGGCUUUAUUCAAUUUUCAAAGUCUCAUCUCCGUGCUUUUGUUGCUAAUUUGCACCUGUACUUAUAUACGUACUUUUGUACCGAAGCUGAUCGAUCGUAAUAAGGAGGGAAUAACUCGUGUUGAGAUCUCUUCUUAUUCAGCCUACUCUCAUAGAAUCAGCCAAAAUAAUAUGAAAUCGAUUAGAAAGACUAAAAUUACAAAGAUCUGAAGUGUUUUAUUCUGUCUCCCUCAAGUUCACUCGUAUAAUGGGUA